AUGCUGGCUCAACUUCUUGCAUCUUCCCUUGCGAUCACAUAUGCGUCCGCCAACUGCCUACACGGCACCUCCUUCAUGCCCCGCGCGGAGGGCGAGGUGCAAGUGAGCAAGUUCGGCUAUACCGGGCUGCAGGGGCCGCUCAACUGGGCCGCGCUCGACCCCGCCAACCGCGCCUGCCGUCUCAGCAGCGUCCAGUCGCCUAUCGUCCUUGACGACGCCGUCCCGAAGGCCACCGAGAAGCCGAAAAUCGAGAUCGAAGCGCUUGAGGAGGCCGAGUUCGAGAACCUGGGCACGACGCUGGAAGUCGUCAUUGCGGAGGGCAAGGGGAAGACGACGUUCGCGGGCAAGGAGUUUGCACUGAAGCAGUUCCACCUGCAUACCCCCAGCGAGCACCGCAUCAACGACGAGUACUUCCCACUGGAGAUGCAUAUGGUCCAUCAGGCGCAGGAUGGAGGCAUCGCGGUCAUCGCUAUUCCCUUCCAGCUCGAUGAAGAAGGUGGCACAACCGAACUCCUCACCGCCGCCACCGAAAACCUCCAGGACGUUGCUACCCCCGGAACUGCCACUACGACCGGCGCGCUCGACUUCGCCACGCUUGUUGCGGCGGUCGAGGCCGGCCCGCUCUUCCAGUACACCGGCUCGCUGACAACGCCGCCGUGCGCCGAGGGCCUCACCUUCCUCGUCCUCGAGCAGCCCCUCCCCCUCGACAUCAAAACAUACAAUGCGCUCAAGCGCGUGAUCAAGUUCAACGCGCGCUACACGCAGAACACGCUCGGCCAGCCUAAUUUCCUCGCGCUUGCGACGGACCUGAGCGUCCGCGAGGACGGCUUGAAAGCCCCACAGCAGGCUGCGCAGGCGAACGCAACUGCGCCUGGGGUGACUCGGACGCGCACACGCACUGGCAAUGGCAAACACGGGCACAGGCACUAG